CGCCGCGUCACCAGUGAGCGCAGUCAAGCUGCCGUUGAGUUCGCGUCGCUCGUCAAGAAUGUGGCCCAAGAGAUUUCUAGCUCUCGUGGUGCUCGCAACGUUUCAUCGGACAUCGGCAGAAUGUCCGAACGGUACCUUCGACUGCGGUGACGGUCAGUGCAUUUCGGAGGAUCACCGCUGUGACGGAGAUAACGAUUGCGAGACGGGGCUCGACGAAGCCGACUGUCCACAACAGUGGUGUCCAGUGCCGGACACAUUGUGCGAUGGUCGAUGUCUGCCUCAGAGAUGGCGAUGUGACGGGGAACGACAGUGUUCCGACGGAGCGGACGAGGACGGCUGCGAUGCGUGUAGUCUGAAGCACUGCAGCCAAGGAUGCAAGUUCGUCGCUGGUGAAGCAAUGUGCUAUUGCACCACUGGAUUCCGUCUCUUGGAAGAUGGCGUCGGAUGUGAAGACGAGGACGAGUGUGCAGACGACACUCACAACUGCGAGCAGACGUGUAUUAACCUUCCAGGGGCGUAUCGUUGCUCAUGCAUGCCGGGAUACGAAACUGUCAACACUACGCUUUGUCAAGCUGAUGGGCCAGAACCGUUGCUGUUCUACUGCGACAAUCAGAAGGUGUACGGCGUUUGGAUGAGGUCGAACCAAACAUUCUACGUAGGUGCCGGUGAAAAACGAGCUCGUGUGGUCGAUUUCGACGGGGACACGAACCGCGUUUAUUGGGCGGGCUCCAAGGAGAGGUCCUUGUAUUAUUGCUACAUGAACAGCACUGACUGUAAAAUGCUUAGCAUCACGUCUUAUUCAAAUUCUCAAAUCGAUGGCCUGGCGUUCGACUGGGUGACAGGGAAUCUCUACAUCGCCGACCGUGAGAUGAAAAGGAUUGACGUCUGCACAACGGACGACUCGAGAUGCGUUCCCAUCGUCAGCAAGGCUGGUCAAAAGCCCCGAGCCAUUGUCCUGCGUCCAGAAAUAGCCACUAUGUACUGGACCGACUGGGGCGCCGCGCCAUCCAUUUGGCAAGCGUACAUGGAUGGGUCGAAGCCAUUUGCAUUGGUUACCGAAAGAAUCGAAUGGCCAAAUGGUCUAGCCUACGACCGACCGACAAACAGGCUCUACUGGUGUGACGGCCGUCGCAACACCAUUGAGUACCUGGACAUGCGCACCCGAAAGCGAACUCUCUUGCUACGGAGAGAUGACGUGCAUCCAUUUUCCCUGGCUGUCUUCGAAAGCACAGCCUACUGGAGUGACUGGACUUCGGAUACGAUCGACAUGUUCAACAAGUACGACGGGACUCACCGGGGACACCUCUUUCCGAAGCGUUCCAUCGACGUCAUGGGCAUUUCGAUUUACCACCCCUCGUUAAGACCGAAGAACAUCACAAAUCCAUGCAAAUACAACCCGUGCACUGAAAUAUGCGCCCUAGCAGAAGGUGGGUUCAAGUGUCUCUGUUCCGACGGCGAACGCUGCGAACCGAGGGCAGGUCACGUGGUGCCUCUUCCGGUUACCAUCACGGAAGCUCCUGCUGCAGCAGAAGAACCCACACCACCAUCGUACAGGAACGACACCAGCUACACUGGGUCUUUAUACGCAGCCGAUGCAGGAGUACUCUACCACGUGAAACACAACGUCUUGUUUCACACCGGGCUUGAGGUCACAAAGCUUGCCUACGAUACAGCAGUUGUGGUAGGGGCUAUGGCCCACGACAGUGUGCGCAACAACCUAUAUAUUAGUGACACAAAUGGAAAGAAGAUUCUGCGCAUGAAUACACUGAGUAACGAGGUCGCGCUCGUCCAUGAUUACAACAGUGGAAACGUACCGGCCAUGGACUUCGACACGGCGAACGGCCUCCUCUACUGGGUCAACGGCGACAUGAACACCCUUGAGGUGUGCAACUGGAACGGCUCGGCACACGUGGUACUCUUGCAGAAGCUUAGGCAACCAUACGACGUUGCGCUCUAUCCCAAAGGAGGAGUGUUGUUCGUGCUCUCGCUGGUAGACUUCACGGCUAUUACGCGCUACACUAUGGACGGAAAGAACCCUCGGAAGCUACGAAUGCUUUCUGGUUUUCGGCCUCUGUCGCUCAGUGUGGACCUCUGGUCGGAAAAGCUCUUCUGGGCCGAUGCAUCGCGUGACGGAAUAGCUUCAGUCAGCUUGAAGACGACGAAAUAUUGGCCGGUGACUGUUGUUGAGGGAUUCACGACUGAUAUGCAUCGCUUGAUAGCAGCGGACAACUUAGUGCACUGGGUGACGAUGGUCGAUACAAACAUACAUUUCAUGCACAUUGGAGAAGGGAUCACCCGUCAAUUGAACUUGAACGGCACGGCGACGAUCACGGCUGUGGUUCGCACCAAGGAACAGCCGGAUACAGAGCCUGGGGUGUGCACUCUGCCAAAGUUCACCAGCUGUGGACAAAUCUGUGUACCCAGUGGAAGAUCGGCAGUAUGUCUGUAACCGCCUCGAUAACUGAGAAUGAAGACCGGGAAACUCGGGCCCCUCAACUUUUCAGUUCUGCACCGUGUAAAGCCCCUUUGAGUGAAAGUGCCACUAACUGUCAUUCGCGACGUAAAGCCAAGAGAAGAAUAUAUGCAUCCAUCUACACGCGAAGUGAACCAUUACGCGUUAAAAGCUGCCAGUGUGCGUGAGUGAUACAUUCUUAAUUACUACUCGUUUGCACGGGGAGCCCUAUUGACUGCAUAGAGCUUGCUGUAAGCAGUGUUCUUAUCUGUAGAUAUGACUCCCGCGCAGUGGGAUGCGUCCGCGAAGCUACAGUCGCUUUGGGUGAUUUUAUGUUUUUAUUUAGAUUGCGCGCUGCCACGUGACGAUGUACGUAUGACAUGUACAGCUGCCAUGAGACUUAACCGUAACGCGCCGACGCCACCAUUGCGGAGCUUCUGUGUCCUUGUCUGGGCUAAUACCCCUGAUACAUGGGCACGUUUGACCUCCUUUACGCAAAGGGAUACCUAUCGGAAGGACGUUGCGUGACGUAAUACACGGCAAAGGAGAAUCUCCUUUUACGAGGCGGUCCUUAUGGGAAGCUGAGAUCGACGAUCUCCUUUCCAUCUGUAAAGGCGUAUGGCGUAGCCUCGAACGAAGGGCGAUAUGACGACAGUACUCUCGAACAAAGGCUAGACCGCGUUCAAGUGCUCGAGGUCCGCGUGCGGAUAUUGCAGUUACAGUACGUAUAUUGAAAUCAUUGGUCGUAUUGUUACGUUCACGUACGUGUCGGCUGGUUAUAGCGGAAAUAUCUAGCGCGACAUCUUUGGGUAUAUUUGGAAACGAAACACCAAAAGGAGUUCGCCCUUGCCGCGUGUCACCGGCACGAACUCCUUUCGCGAAGGUGUCCUUUGCUGGGAGCCAGAUCUCCAACUUGUCGUUAUCUCAUAACACGCGUUAAAUGCAUCACUUCGGCCUGUGAUUCGCCACGAGGUCUUGAGCGAGCCUACCAAAGCGCCUUUGGAGCGCGCGAACUUUAAAUAUAACGAUAACGAUCGCUAUGUGAAAGCUCAAGUUUGGGGCCCGGCUGUGAAGGACCACUAAUGAAAAGGAGUUCAAACGUGCCCGUGUGUCAUGCGCUGCCUCACAAAAGUGUCUCUGCCCACUCAGUUGGGUAUUCAUCGCAUCCACAAUCCGUCUAUGCUUCGACGAUGACGGCGACCGACGGCUGUGCUGCGUGCGCCCCGCGACUUAGUCUAAAACCCAGUGGCCAACGCUCGGCGGCGCUGGCGUCUGCGCGGACUAUGUGCUCGCGCGUUACGGUGAAGUCUGACUGAGGCUUUAAAGCAACUGGCAUGCCAGUUUUAAUGUGACCCUACAUCUGUUGUAUAUAUUAAGUUGGCAUAAAUAAAUGGGAAAAUUGA